AUGAGAAGGCCAAAGACGAAGAUCGUUUGUACGCUCGGCCCUGCAUCGCGAUCGAUUGAGAUGAUCGAGAAAUUGCUUAGGGCCGGAAUGAGCGUCGCGCGAUUCAAUUUCUCCCAUGGAUCCCAUGAGUACCAUCAGGAAACCCUAGAUAAUCUUAGGGUUGCCAUGGAAAGAACAGGAAUACUCUGCGCUGUAAUGCUCGAUACAAAGGGACCUGAGAUCCGAACAGGAUUCUUGAAAGAUGGAAAGCCCAUAAAGCUUGAGAAAAAUCAAGAGAUCACCAUAACAACAGAUUAUAGUAUAGAGGGUGACCAAACCAUGAUAUCAAUGAGCUACAAGAAAAUGGCGGAGGAUGUAAAACCUGGAAGUAUCAUCCUCUGUUCUGAUGGCACAAUUUCACUUAAUGUGAUAAGCUGCGAUAAGGAGCAUGGUCUAGUUCACUGCCGCUGCGAAAAUGCUGCUGUUCUCGGUGAGAGAAAGAACGUAAAUCUUCCAGGAGUUGUUGUUGAUCUUCCCACCUUAACUGAGAAAGACAAAGAAGAUAUCUUCAAAUGGGGCAUCCCGAACAAAAUCGACAUUAUCGCCCUCUCCUUUGUUCGAAAAGGUUCUGACAUGGUUGCAGUUAGAGAGCUUCUGGGUGAUCAUGCAAAGUCUGUCAUGCUUAUGUCGAAGGUUGAAAACCAAGAAGGGGUGGCGAAUUUUGAUGAUAUACUUGAAAAUUCUGAUGCUUUCAUGGUGGCCAGAGGAGACCUGGGCAUGGAGAUACCAAUUGAGAAAAUCUUCCUUGCGCAGAAGCUAAUGAUCCACAAAUGCAACGUUCAAGGGAAGCCAGUGGUGACUGCAACCCAAAUGCUGGAAUCUAUGAUCAGGUCUCCUCGUCCCACCCGAGCAGAAGCUACAGAUGUCGCCAAUGCUGUUCUUGAUGGCACUGAUUGUGUCAUGCUCAGCGGCGAGACAGCUGCGGGUGCUUACCCUGUUCUUGCUGUUGAGACUAUGGCAAGGAUAUGCGAGGAAGCAGAAUCAUUUGUGGAUUAUUACGCUGUGUUUAAAGCACUCACGGCUGUAACAGAGUCGCCAUGUACUCCAUUGGAGAGCCUUGCUUCGUCUGCCGUUCGACUUGCAGGGUCUGUCAGAGCUGCUCUUAUUCUUGUACUGACGAGAGGAGGGACUGCUUCAAAACUAGUGGCUAAGUACAGGCCAGAAGUGCCCAUCUUGUCUGUGGUGGUUCCUGAGAUAAAGAUAAAUAGUGAUUCUUUCGACUGGUACUGCAGCGACGAAGCUCCGGCAAGGCACAGCCUUGUUUAUAGAGGAGUGAUUCCAGUAUUAAGUGAAGGAUCAGCAAAGCCUUCUCAUACUGAAGCAACAGAGGAAGCGCUUGACUUUGCUCUUCGGCAUGCGAAGGCAACCGGACUCUGCAAGUCUGGUGAUUCUAUUGUGGCAUUACACCGUAUUUGUAAUGCUUCAGCUGUCAAGAUAUUGACAGCUAAGUGAUGGUGACGUAAAAGUUCUUCUUUUAUGGCACAAGGGCAUGUUAUG